CCGAACAGAGCCAGGAGAGUGAUCGGAAGUGAGACGCAGAGAUGCGGAAGUUCGAUCCGUGGCCCGUAUUUUUCAGGCGAGAGUGGAACCGGAACUGGCCUUUCCUGGUCGGUUUCUCCGUCGCGGGCACCAUCAUUACCGUGAAUUCUCUUAGCCUCACAGAAGAGGAUGCCAAGAAGUCGCCCUUCGUUCAGAGGCACGAUAGGAGGUGAAUUUCUGUAAGCCAAUGGAGUACUUGCGGAUACACGCUCUUUUUGGGAGGAAAGGAAAGACUUGCUUCUGUUUUCACGGCGUAUAGUAACAAAAGAGAUGUUAUUCUUGUGUUAGCAGUUGCUUUGACUCAAAUAAUAUUGAAUGCAA